AUGCCUUCCGUGCAGCUACGAAUAAGGCCAUUGUCAGAGGUGAUCAGGCCAUCUCCAGAUCCCCUUCCGACACUUCUUCAAACGCCUACUGGACUUGCGAUACUCGAGAUGCAAGGCACAAUUCAUGGACCAUUCCCUCACGCAGAUGAGACAAUCGCUGAGGAACAGACCACAGACAUAGGCCGGCUCGAGUUUCCACUGUACAACCCAAAAGAGCCUUCGGAAGGAAAAUGGAUGAAGAAAGUCUAUUUUUACGUUGGCAAGCAUCAACGGUUGACUGGUGAGAUUAAGAAGUUGGCGAAGCCUCUAGCAAUUAUUCAGAAAGUCGAUCCAGAAACAAAAGUCGACGGCGCGUUCACAGCUAGUUCCACAUAUGAAGAUCUUAUAGUCCUCGAAGUUGUCAAGUAUAAGCUGCUCUUCAGCGGAAGACCGGAACCCGUUGGCGAAUGA